GCGUCCUAUCACCGCCGUUAUGUGUCUCACAAGUCGACUAGCCUGGAUUCCGGCAGGCAGUCGCGCUGUAGUCCGCGUGUAGCAUGGCACGACAACAUGGCAGCACGGCAGCAUUAAUCUGAGACGUCUCAAACGGGAUCACCGGAGUCGCACGGCCGCCUGGCAGCUGCCCUUCGCACAGGGCGAAUCAGCGCACAUUGAGACCUCUCAAGCCAGCGGCCAUCACGGGUCGCACGGCAGCAUGGCAACGGCGCUCCGCACGGGCCGAAUCCGCGCCGCCAACUUCCCGCUCGCCGCGACGAGUCUCGCAGCAGCGUGGAACGCGGCGGUAGACGCGCAGAGGACUCGACUGGUGCACGACGCAGCAGCACCGGCACCAGCAAAUACUGCAGCGCGGAAUGCGGCGGCUGACGCGGUGCACGAGCGAGCGGGAAUGGAGGGAGCGAGGGAGAGCAGGGAGUGCGGGCGCGAUGGCAGGGCGAUGAAGGACACGUGUGGGGGGGGCGACGACUAUGACCGCGGGAGUGCGAGGUGCGACGAGAGCGUCCAGUGGCAGUGGGUCGCGGCGCGCCCCUCGUGCCUGGCGCUCGGAGGCGGCUAUCUCACCACGGACCACCCGCUGCUGCUGCACUGCCACCACACUCAGCACCAGCACCAGCAUGCAUGCCAUGGGCGGUGCCACGAGGGAGCUGGAAGCCAUGCGGCGGUGCCUGCUCCGUGUGCUGCCAGCCCUGAUGCUGCUCACCGUCAGCUACCUCUUAAUCUCGCUCACUUUGUUGACCCAGUUGACUCGGUUGACUGGCCUGACGUGGCGGACUCGUGUGGCGACGAGCCGCGCGACCCGGCCACCCUGCAUUGCUGCCUUGGGUGGCAGAGCCCGGCAGUGCUGCCUGCAGCAGGCGCAGCGGCACCAGCAGCACGGGCAGCACUGCACGCACCCAUGGUGGCAGCAGGUCAGGCAGUGCAACACACGCCAAGGCCAACUGAAGUGGCACCUGCUGGAUUACGUACUGAGCAUCCGGCGUUUGACGGUGCGGCAUGUGUGCAGCAGCUACGCGACACGGCACCAUGCGACAUGGCACCAUGCGACAUGGCACCAUGCGACACGGCAGCAAGGGACAUGGCGCCAUGUGGAAUGGUGGCGGUGGUGCAGUGCCAUGUGGUGUUCGAUGCGGUCUUCUCCGUGCCGCAACUACUGCUCCUGCCAUGCCACCCAGAUGGCCGUCCCCUGCUGUCGCAAGACCUCUUCGCCUUCCUCCCACCCCUCCCCGACCACCCCUUGCUCCCGUCACCUCCGCCCUCCACCGUCGUCCGUCACCCCCACCCCCCUGCCGCCUCACCCACGUCCUCCCUUCCUCCUCGCACCUGCGAUCCCUUGGGGCCCACGAUUGACUCUUGGCGUCUGCUCACCCCUGUGGAGCACCCAUUCCUGGGCCGGCCGUGUCUUGCCGUUCACCCCUGCAACACAGCCUCCACAAUGGCGCUCAUGCUGCACGCUGCUGCUCAUGCUGCUGCUGCUGGAAGUGGUGGUGGUGCUGCUGCAGCUGCAUGUGGGGCUGACAAUAAGGCAGCCACAUGGCCAACAGCGGGUGCUGCACCGGCUGCUGCCAGCACGGGUGCAUCGCAUGACCACAGCCAGGGGCUCGAGCUCUACAUGCUGAGCUGGCUGUCGCUGGUUGGCCGGAUCGUUGGCAUGCACAUCCCACCUAGUUUGCUGGACAGAAUGGCUUCGUUGUCAUCCGCAAAAAUUCCGUAAAUGCUAACAUUGACACUAUCACGCGUUAGAAAGAGGGAGCCAUGGAAGAAGACGAAGCAAGAAAGCUUUCAGAACCUAAGUCAUGCAACAGGUGUAAGGCUGGUAGUAGUCCACAAAUGGAUCAAUACCAGUAGGUGGGUGGGAGGGAUCAUAAAAGGUGCGGUGGGAUUGCUGGUAGUGGUGCUGGUGGAGAGCCUUCCGAUUGGCUCAACAGAGCCUCCAGGCAACAUGAGUGGCGGUAUGGCCCAUUCCAGCCCUCUCACACGUGAAC